GAGAGAGAGAGAGAGAUGUCAGGUGACAAGGAAAAUACUGUUCUUGACCCUCCAAAACAGCUCGAUGCUGGAGCUUUGUUUGUCCUCAAAUCCAGAGGGUCAUGGUUGCACUGUGGGUAUCAUUUGACGACGUCUAUCGUGGCUCCGGCGCUUCUGAGUCUUCCCUUUGCGCUGGCCUUGCUAGGGUGGGUUGGGGGAGCUGUUUGCCUUAUUCUUGCAGGUUUGGUGACUUUCUAUUCCUAUAAUCUUCUGUCUAUGGUGUUGGAGCACCAUGCACAGCUUGGUCACCGCCAACUUCGGUUUCGGGACAUGGCUAGAGAUAUUUUAGGACCUGCAUGGGGCAAAUAUGUUGUUGGGCCACUUCAAUUUGGGAUAUGUUACGGCGCUGUAAUUUCUGGUUGUCUUCUAGGUGGGCAGAGCCUUAAGUUCAUUUAUUUGCUCUCAAACCCAAAUGGGACGAUGAAGCUUUACUUGUUCAUAAUUAUAUUUGGAGUCCUAAUGCUGUCGUUAGCCCAAAUUCCAUCCUUUCACUCCCUCAGGCAUAUCAAUCUCGUCUCUCUUACCUUUGCUCUUGCUUACAGCGCUUGCGUCACAGCCGGUUCAAUAUACAUAGGACAUUCCAAGAACGCCCCUACUAGAGACUACUCCGUAAAUGGCUCUGGAGAAAUUCGUGUUUUUGGUGCUGCCAACGCUGUUUCAAUCAUUGCCACCACGUAUGCCUGUGGAAUUGUCCCUGAAAUACAGGCAACUAUAGCAGCUCCCGUGAAGGGCAAGAUGUUGAAAGGUUUAUGCAUCUGCUACGCUGUUAUAGCCAUGACUUUUUUCAGCGUGGCAAUAUCCGGGUACUGGGCAUUUGGGAAUCAGGCUAAGGGCACUAUUCUUGCAAAUUUCAUGGGCAAUGGAAUGCAUUUGCUUCCAACUUGGUUUCUCUUGAUGACCAAUGUUUUCACCCUUUUGCAAACAUCGGCUGUCUCUGUGGUUUACUUGCAACCAACAAACGAAGUGUUUGAGAAGUUGUUUGCAGACCCCAAAAUGGAUCAGUUUUCCAUUCGAAAUAUUGUGCCAAGAUUGAUUUUCCGGUCGAUGUCAGUGAUUAUAGGUACAACCUUUGCUGCAAUGCUGCCAUUUUUUGGAGAUAUCAUGGCACUUUUGGGGGCAUUUGGGUGCAUUCCUCUUGAUUUUAUUUUCCCAAUGGUUUUCUACAAUGUGACUUUCAAGCCCUCAAAGCGUGGCCUUGUUUUCUGGGGCAACACAUUGAUAGCAGUAGCUUCCUCAGUGUUAUCCAUGGUAGGUGCAGUAGCAUCUGUUCGACAAAUUGUUCUUGAUGCCAAAACAUAUCGUUUGUUUGCCAACAUAUGAAAAUCAAACAAAUGAUAGA